AAACAACAGGGUUGGUGGCCAUUUCAUGUUCAAAUGUUGUAGUCCCGUAUUCAUGUUGAAAAGGCGGGUAAAAGACUUUGUCGUCUGCUUGCUCCUCUCUCGCUUAUUUACUGACGUACCGGUGAAAUCUUAGCGUGAUGGAGGACUCUAGUGUUAAUUGCGCUGAACAUCUAGGAAAGUACUUUUCCGAAAGAGAUAACUCGUCUAAUGUCAUUUUGUCAUCCGAUAUUCCUGCCAUAUGUAAAACUGAGAAAUGCUGUUUAGGAGUUGACGAAGCUGGGAGAGGACCGGUAUUAGGUCCUAUGGUUUAUGGAGUUGCUUAUUGUCCUUUGGAUAAAUCAGCUAGUCUCAAAAAAUUGGGCUGCGCAGACUCAAAAGUUUUAACCGAAGAGAAACGAGAAGAGCUAUUUGGGAAGUUAUGUGAGGGAAAAGAUUACGUUGGCUGGUCUGUUGAGGUGAUUUCUCCCAACAGUAUUUGCAACAGCAUGUUAAGAAGGCAAAAGUACUCUCUGAACCAAGUAUCUCAUGAUUCUGCCAUAGGACUAAUCAAGAAAGCUGUUGAUGAUGGAGUCAACAUAGCAGAGGUUUUUGUGGAUACUGUAGGACCAGCAGAAAAGUAUCAGGAAAAACUUUCAAAAAUCUUCCCAGAGUUUAAAAUUACAGUUGCUAGCAAAGCUGACGCCACAUAUCCUUGUGUGAGUGCAGCCAGUAUCUGUGCAAAAGUAGCUCGAGAUCGAGCAUUGCAGGUCUGGAAAUUUGAAGAUGGUGUAGAAAAAUCAGAAGAUGGAUGGGGUAGUGGUUAUCCAAAUGAUCCAGUUACAAAAAAAUUUCUCCAAAAAAAUAUUGACCAUGUAUUUGGAUUUCCUCAAAUGGUUCGGAUGAGCUGGUCAACUGCAGAUAAAAUCUUACAAGAGUCAGCUGCGCCUGUUGAAUGGGAGGAAGAAGAGGAUGAAGCAUCGGGCAAUACUCCAUCUAUUUCCUCUUAUUUUGGUGCUUCUAAAACCAAAAAGAGAUCUACCCACCCAUAUUUUCGAGAGAGGUGUCUUAAGUCCACAGUCUCACUUUAACUGAUAUCCUGAAUUGUUUUUUUGAGAACAGAUUAACAUGUGUCUCUGGUUAUUUUAUUAUUUAAUUUUUUUGAACUUCUGAACAAUGUUUAUCUCUUCGGUCUGUUUCGUUUGCCCCUUGGCUCCUCAGGUAGCAUGCACUCUUGUACUAAAAUAAAGUUUACAAAAGAACACCUUCCUUUUCUUUUUACAGAAUGGAAUAAAAACAUUUUUAAGACAAAA